CGUCAGCGGCGCCUCUGGUUUCCCGGGCCGCAGCGGAGCGCGAUGCCGAGCCGACACAAGCGGCUGCUCUUCUGCACCUGCGGCCUCUCGAGCCUGUGCUGCGCGCUGGCCGCCGCGGUGGCCACCGGCCUGCCUCUCUGGGUCCAGGGGACGGUGCUGUGCCGGACCGGAGCCGAGCUGGUCAACGCGUCCGGGGCGGAGCUGGACAAGUUCCUGGGCGGCCUGAGCUACGGACUCUUCGGCGGGGAGCGGGUGAAGCAGUGCGGGCUGGGGGGCCGCGCGUCCCGCUUCUCCUUCUUCCCGCAGCUGCAGGCCUCGGUGCCCGUGCUCCUCCACGUCUCCACCAUCUUCUUCUGUGGGCUGGUGCUGCUCUUCUCGUCUCUGUCUUGCGCCUUCUUCUUCUUCAACGCCUUCGGCCGGCCACAGGAGGCGCUGCACGGCCCUCGGGGGCUCUACCUGUGGACCCUGGCGUCAUGCGCGUGCAGCGGCCUGGUGAUGGCGCUCUUCUCCUCCGAGGUGAAGCUCCACCACCUCUCCGAGCGGAUCUCCAACGUCAACGAGGACGUCUUCACCUUCCAGACCUACAGCGAGAGCUACGGCCGCAGCUUCUGGCUCUUCCUGCUGGUCCUCCUCCUCCAGGCCCUCAACGCGCUGCUGACCCGACUGGCCGGGAUCCGGCUGCCCUUCUGGGAGGCCAAGCCGGCGGAGGGCGGCGGCGGCGCCAUGGACCUGCUGUACUGAGGGUUCAAUAAAGCCGCCACUGCCCGAGUUCGAGGGAGCUUUUAU